UUCGUGCGCCUGACGUUGUGUGCUGUGACAGAACUAGGCAGUGACGUCGAUCGCGUGCAGACAAGUUUGGUUACAAUGUUGUUUGUCAUUGAUCCAAACAUAACUCUUGUCUGCACCUUUUACUCAGAUCUAUUUUUAAAAAUCGUAUGAAACAGGACAAAGCCUCCGUUUUGAAUCAGUUUUGCCAAGACUGAUGUUGGACAGAUACUGAGAAAGUGUUGGCCAGGCUGUCGCUGACUGCUGGACCAGGCCUUUGUGUUGGUUUUAGAAAUUAAGGCCCGUGUUGACGUGUUGUGAUACCGCGUGUACAGUAACUGUACUGUCAAUUAUGGCCAAUAUCAUAGAAAAUAUCAAGAGUGUGACGUUACUGGUGUGAUGAAUUAGGUAUCCAGCGAUGGCUGACUGCUGUGACGCCCAGGUAAUCAUGAUAAAUUGCUGCUUUAAAGGUUCAUCUUGUGCAUGUGUUUGUGCUCCUGUCCGAGAAUCCACAAGCACCAGAAUUCUGUAUGCAGUGUUCUUUGUCAUCGGCUUUGUGCUGUCAUGCGCAUUUGUGUCAGAGACUGUGGCUCAGGAACUUCCUAAAUACCCCAAGUUGAUCGAAUUUUGUCGCACCAUCGGGGCUGGCGAAGGUUGCAUGAGGCUCACCGGUUAUGCCUCUGUGUACAGAGUAUGCUUCUCCAUGGCGGUAUUCUUCUUUGCGAUGCUCGGCAUAACUGUUGGUAUCAGGACUAGCAAGUCAUGGAGAGCUGCAAUACACAAUGGGUGCUGGUUCUACAAGGUGCCUGUGAUGGUUGGCCUGGUGGUGGGGUCAUUCUUCCUGCCCAUCUCAGACAUCAUGCUGAGCGUGGGGCUGUACAUCGGCUUUGCCGGAGCUGCUGUCUUCAUCUUCAUGCAGCUCUGGAUGCUGCUGGAUUUUGCCCACACGUGGAAUAAGAAAUGGUCAAUGAAGAUUGACAACAAUGGGUCGGUGUUGUGGUAUGUAGCCUUGGUCUUCUUCAUAGUUCUCUUCUAUGCCGUCUCCGUCGGGAUGCUGGUCUUUCUUCUCCAUUACUUUGCUGCCGGAGCGGAGUGCGUCCGUAACAUCCUCUUCUCCUGUCUGAGUUUCGUACUCUGCAUAUUCGUCAGUGUCUUCUCCAUCAUGCCCUGCCUGCCAAAAAGUCAUCCACGAGGUGGUCUCCUGCAGGCAUCCAUUGUGUCAGCCUACAUCAUGUACUUGACCUGGUCUGCACUUCUAGUUGAACCGCCAGUGGAAGUCAAAAGCCUACUGGUUGAUAACGGGACCCACAGCGUUUACAACACAACCUAUGUCACUUGUGGUCUGGGCAGCGGCUUUGCUUCGACCUUCAUCAUGAACAGCAUGUACACGGAGCUGGUUAAUGCGAUGGUGGCGGCCAUUUUGUUGCUUGGCAUGGUGCUGUAUGCAUGUGUUCGGUCUGCAGGGACUGCCCUCAACUUCACUGGCUCUAGCGUUAAUGGCAGAAGCCAGCGAGCUGCCGCACCACGACCAAAAGCUAGUUCUAGCAUGUGCUGGUGUUGCUCUUCAUCCACAAGCCACAAAGAGGAAGGAUCAUCCCACCCACAGAAUAAGAGUUGGGGUCUGAUCCACAACGAGAGAGAUGGCGUCAUCUACAGCUACUCUUUCUUCCACCUGACCUUGGCACUAGCAUCUCUGUAUGUCAUGAUGACCCUCACCAACUGGUACAGACCCGAGGAGGCCUCCCUGGAGUCCCUUCACCGUACCUGGCCUCCAUUCUGGGUCAAGCUGGGCUCCAGCUGGCUCUGUGGCAUCCUGUACGUCAUCAAAAUUGUCACCAUCAUGCGCUGCUGUGAGAACAAUGCCCAGAGUCGUGACUCGGUCGUCUACAGGCAGGCGCCGAGGGGGAGGGGAUCCCCCCGCCAUGCAGGAGCAAACCAGAAUCGAAGAAGUACAACAUCAGUGUAACUUGGACUUCCCCAGGCCCUAGUCUCCCUUUCCAGGCCUCUCAAAGAAAAAUGGGCAUUGCAGUCAAGGCGAAAUCUUCCUGAAGGUUUGUGGAUAGUUUUAGAAACUUCAGAAGUCAAAGGACAUAUCAAUUUCUGCAAAUGCAGCUGUGUAUAUCUUGCUUAAAAAGUCAUGAGUUGUAUUUGUUUACUUUGUGUUAUUGCUUUGUAUGACGGAUGGUUAUAAUUUAUUUUUUCAUUUUAACAUUAAAAUUAGAAAGCAGUUCAUGUUGCACAGGGUGUGGGCAUUACCGGCAGAGAAAGUAAUUAAUUGAUGUUUUCAAUUGACAUCUGACAAAAUGCUGGCAGUUUUCAAUGUUCGGUACAGUGCUUUAUUGAUUAUUUCAUUUAGUUUCUGUUUCUAGUUUCAAUUCAGGGGCAUUAGUAAACAGAGUGUGAUUUUUUUUUAAUCAGCAAAGGUAUUUUUGUUUCUGUUGAAGUCAUUCACCAUAUUAAACAGUCGAAUUUCAAUACAGUUGUUCACAUACCCUCGGGAGUUCGGUUCAUGUAGCACGAAAUUUCCUCAUGUAAGGGAGCAUCUCAAAAAGUCAGAAUAGUUGGAACAUUCUUUUUGGCAUAUUGGCCUUUCGGCUGGGCACGCUCAGUGUUCCCAGUGUAACGCGGAGUGUUCCGUUGGAAUGGCUGCCGUUCCGUGGGAAUCAUCCAUUGGACCAUUCCAUGCCUUUUUGAGCAUGUGUGCCGGAUGGAAUGUUCUCUCGGAACCGUCAGCUGGAACAUUCUGCAGGAGGGAGCCUAUGUUAACCGAAGUGUCAAUUAUGAUGGUUCCUGAAUCUUAGCGCCAUUUGAACAGGAGUGUCAUGCAGGAUGGUCCCCCUGCUGAUUUGCAACACAAAAUUGUGGGGUGCCUCAAGACAUUCAUGUUUACCAAACGAUCUAAUGGAGCUGUCCAACGAAAUGGAAAAAUUCCAACUUUUGAGAUGCUCCUUAAGGUCUCUGGCUUGUCUGUCGGGUUCGACAAUCUGCAUAAGUUUCCUCACAAGAGUUUAUGUUAAUGGUGCUGUUUUGAUCAGCUUGUAUUGUCAGCCUCUGUCCACCUUGAGCAGAAGCACCCCCUCACUAGUUGAAAAAGAGCCAUGUUAGUCGGGAGUGUUCAAUUUGCUUGUAACGACGUGACCAUAGCAGGUGCGUUUGAUGGUCGUUUGUGAACCAGCGCAGUGCAGUUCCGACAGGGGAGCCUCCAUUGCUAGGAAAAGUGCACCCUCUCUUGGUCCAGCUUGGGGCUUAUAGAAUGUAUGUAGAGCUUCUUGUGGCAUUGUCAGGAGCCCUCUCUCUUAAACCAGAGGUUACACAGAUUGUAUCUUCUGGCAUAGUGUGUUCCUCUGUGCAAAUAAGCCAGUAUCAUUUUUAUGUUCUGUUAUGUGUAAUAUUUGCCUUGCGAGCGAUUUACCAACUGGAUCUGAAAAUAGUUCAUUCCAAGCUUUUCUGCUAAGCAAAUUUGUUCACCAGGAUUCUUGAAUAGCUCAUUGCAGUCAGACUUUCCUGGCUGAUUUCUGCUAGUAUUGUUUUGAAAUCAAAUGGGAAUGGUUUUUGCUGCAAUUGAAUUUGCUCUAAUUUCCUCCUGGUUUGAAUUCCCAGCCUUUACCUGGAUCUCUGAACCUUGGCGUUUUGAGCAUAUUAGUGCAAGGUGGUGGUACUUCUGUGUGAGCUCCUCUUGAAAAUAAUUUUGAUGAGAUGAUUCAAAUGAAUUCUAUCUUCAAUCAGGUCUGUUGAGCAAUUGCACUUUUGGUACUUUAUAUCACUUAAUUUGUAUGCUGUAAUUUUUAAGCUGCAAAACAAAAGGAACUGGUGCUCAAGUAAUUACUUCACUAUAUUUUGGGGAAAGUUUGAUUAUAAAAAAACUUUGUAGCUGAUUACUUUACCAUUACUUCUAAAACUUUGCCUUUUUUCAUACGAGAAGUGCUUACAGCAUUAAGACAUCUAACAUAAACCUCGGCCUUACAAAAUCAUUACCUCAAUUUUCACAAUUGUUCUUUCUAGUUUCUUCAAAGUUUGAUAAUAUAUUAAUCAAACAUGGUCGCAGUGUUUUUACGAGAA